GUUUGCCCCCAUAAAGACCAUAAAGACCACAAAAAGGCGAUGAGGGCUGAAUGGCUCUAGAAAAUUUCAAUUUGGAUGGAAGGGCGACGACAGCAGCAGCCUAGGGGGAGUAAGGGCCGAAGAGGCUUAGAAAAUGAGUUUCUACAGCUAAGGUCAAUUGUUGGGACUUGAAUUUGCCUUGGUCUUUCCAUCAUUUUCUCACUCCUGUGGAGCUAAAUCAUUAUGUAGGUUAGCGAGAAGCACGCCCGCACAAAUAAAAACCUGCUAAACAAUCAUUCACAACAAGCAAACCAUUGAUGCACAUUAAAAACAGUAAAAUUAAUAGUUCUUGGUUCGGAAGUAUGAGAACCAUUCAACUUAUGGUGAACAUAUUCCUGCACAGAGACAAUAAUUGUGGGAGCAUUUUCUCAUUGUCAGUCAAUGUUUCCUAAUUUUCACCUUAAAUAAAUAAAAUGUUGUGACAGAUUUUACCAACUCCAUUAUUUUAAGUUAAACAGUUAAAAACAAAAAAAGAGAAAACCUUACUUAAGUGAGAGAUCAUUAAAAGGCGCAGAUCUUGUUCAUGGUAAUUUUAAAGAAAAUGCUCUUUUCUGGCUUGCCCUUCCAGGCACUAGCAGUAGAAAAUAUAGCGGCGUUUUCAUGAGACUCAAAGAGACACGUGCAAUCCUACGCUGGUAACGCAGCUUUUAAAAUGCUUUCUCCUUACCAUGAAGAUGUUAAAGCCCAGGUAUGCAGGCCCAGCCUGCCGGUGACCAACGCCCUGGUGGACCCGUGCUACACGCCAUGCGGGAUGGCCACGGAGCCGCUGCGCUUCCCCAACCUGGUGACGGGGAACGCGCGCAACCCGCAGCACGCCGCCAGGGCCGCGCUGUACACGCGCUACACGCCCUUCGAGUGGGCCAACUCCUCCCUCAACCAGUACAACGAGGCCGACACCAACCGCAACUUCUCGGAGCGGCUGCGAUGCGAGGCCAUGCGCGUCAUGAAGGAGACGGAGGAGAAGACGGCGGUGGCGCAGCGCGAGUCCGGCCGGCGCCUGGGCGAGCGCAUCACGGACACCACCUUCUGGCGCAAUGAGGUGGCCACCGAGCUGGAGAACAUGCUGGCCGAGACGAGCCGCCUGCAGGACACGCGCCGCGCCCUCGAGAAGGCCAUCCAGGACUGCGAGCCGCCGCUGCACAUCGCGCAGGAGAACCUGUACCACCGCGAGGGCCGGCAGGGCAUCGACCUGGUGCACGACCAGGUGGAGCAGUCGCUGCUGAGCGAGGUGGAGCAACUGCGGUCCUGCCAGUGCCGCCUCAAGCACCUGCACCAGCGCGUGUGCGACCAGCUGCGCUGCAACCGCGCCGCGCAGCAGGAGCUGGAGCUGGACGUGAAGAGCAAGGAGAGCGCCCUGGGCAUCGACAACGUGGCGCACCAGCUCAGCAACUUCUCCCGCGGCAUCAACUACUACGGCGGCAUCGAGAAAUACGACAACACGUUGACCUCGCCGGACUCGUGGGCGGAGAACAGCAACCGCAACUGCCAGCGGUCGCAGAACGAGCGUAUCAAGUCGGCCCAGCUGCGCGCCGACGCCGACAACCUCAUCAACACCUGCUCCAACGAGAUCUGGAACGCGUGGGGCUCCACCAACAACUCGUUCAGCCGACGCGUGGCGGAGACGCUGGAGGCUAAGGGCAAGCUGCAGAUGCACCUGCACAAGGUCCAGAAGGAGAUCUUCGACGAGGAGAAGAACAUCGAGAUGCUGCGCAAGGCCAUCCUGGACAAGAGCAAGCCGCUCAAGGUGGCGCACACCCGGCUGGAGGGCCGAUCGCACCGCCGCGCCGUGGAGCUGUGCAAGGACGACGCCUACAACGCGCUGGUGCACGAGGUGCACGACUUGGAGCACUCGCUGAACCAGCUGCACCGCAAGCUGGAGGAGGCCGAGGCGCAGCACCAGCAGCUCCUGUACACGCAGAGCAACCUGGAGUCCGACCUCCGCCUCAAGGUCAACUCGCUCUUCAUCGACCGCGAGAAGUGCAUGGGGAUGCGUCGCAGCUUCCCCAUCAAUGCCACCAUCAAGUACUGACAACUUCGAAAACACAAAGCAACUUCCGGUUCCUUUUUUUUUUUUCACUUUUUCGUUAUUUAUUCGAGACAGAAAAGUUUUUUUGGCACCAAGCCAAGUCUCUGCCAAAAUAACACUGUCACCGUUUUGUCGGCAACUUACGAUCACCGCGUGUCUCCUUUCCUUUCCCAUUGUCCUUCGCUGUCAAUUUCAACCAAAGGGAAAGGAGAAGAGAGACAAGGCGAGUGGAAACCAGUUAGAUUCUGCCUCUUUGACUGGAAAACCGUAAAGUAGGUACAGGAGGGGGCCACAAACGUUAGUCGAUUUCACUUUACUCCCUUACCUUCCCGAACCUCGAACAAGGAUCAAGGAAGAAACAUCAACUAUUUGGUGUCAAAGAGCUCAGAGUGAAGAGAGUUUCUAGAAAAUCAUGGCAGUGCACAAGGUCACACACUCGCCAGGCCCAUUGUUAGACAGUUAUCUUUUGUGGGAAUUUAGGAGUUUAUGACUUAUUUUUUAAAAUCUUUAACACUUUUGCGUUUUUUAUUCAUUUAUCAUUUUAUUUUUACAGCAAGUUGUGUAUUUUAUUAAGAAAAUAUAGUGUUGCUGAUUGCCCACUAGACAAAUCUUGUUUCA